CAGGUCUUCAGUGUCCUCUUCUGAUAGUCUCAAAAGUACUGAUCGGUAUAGAAACAUACAUCUCACCACCACAGACCUCCCUCCAAACUUCCAUUUCCCCCAGGAGGGAGGAACACAGUCCAAGGUCCUUUUACUCUCAGAGGAUGGGCAGAUCCUGGCAGAAGCGGAUGGACUCAGCACAAACCACUGGCUGAUCGGGACAGACAAGUGUGUGGAGAGGAUCAACGAGAUGGUGAGCAGGGCCAAGCAGAAAGCAGGAGUGGAUCCGCUGGUGCCUCUACGAAGCUUGGGCCUGUCCCUGAGCGGUGGGGAGCAGGAGGAUGCGGUGAGGAUCCUGAUGGAGGAGCUGAGGGACCGAUUUCCCUACCUGAGCGAAAGCUACGUAAUCACCACCGAUGCCGCUGGCUCCAUCGCCACAGCUACGCCGGAUGGUGGGAUCGUGCUCAUCUCUGGGACAGGCUCCAACUGCAGGCUCAUCAACCCAGAUGGCUCUGAGAGUGGCUGCGGCGGCUGGGGCCACAUGAUGGGGGACGAGGGCUCAGCCUACUGGAUUGCACACCAGGCAGUGAAAAUAGUGUUCGACUCCAUCGACAACCUGGAGGCAGCUCCUCAUGACAUUGGCUACGUCAAACAGGCCAUGUUCAGCUACUUCCAGGUGCCAGACCGGCUAGGAAUCCUCGUACACCUGUAUAGGGACUUUGAUAAAUCCAGGUUUGCUGGGUUUUGCCGGAAAAUUGCAGAAGGUGCUCAGCAGGGAGACCCCCUCUCCCGGUACAUCUUCAGGAAGGCUGGGGAGAUGCUGGGCAGGCACGUGGUGGCGGUGUUGCCUGAGAUUGACCCGGUCUUGUUCAAAGGGGAGAUUGGCCUCCCCAUCCUGUGUGUGGGCUCUGUGUGGAAGAGCUGGGAGCUGCUGAAGGAAGGUUUCCUGUUGGCGCUGACCCAGGGCAGAGAGAUCCAGGCUCAGAACUCCUUCUCCAGCUUCACCCUGAUGAAGCUCAAUCACUCCUCUGCCCUGGGCGGGGCCAGCCUCGGGGCCAGGCACAUCGGGCACCUCCUCCCCUUGGACUACAGUGUCAAUGCCGUUGCCUUCUACUCUUAUACCUUCUCCUAGGGGGCUGGCCCUGGCUCCACCCCCGCCGUGGCCAGUGGACAAUGGGUGCUGGGAGGGAGGGGGAUUUUUUUUCCUUUUCCUUUUUUUUUUUUCCAAAGGAAAAACAGAAAAUAAAUGCACUUUACCCACUCCCCAGUUGGAUUGUGUUGUGAAGCACACUUGCUAUGUACAUUCAGUGCACCUGCCUGCAGGUGGCCCAGAGGGCUCGGGAAUGGGUUUAGCCCAGGGUUUAAAGCCCCACCCCCAGGUGCUUGGCCUGCAGUUGGACUUACAGUUUAUCUGUGUGCCACCCCUCCCCCAGUGUUAGCAUACUCCUGAUGCUGCUGCCG